CCGUUCCUUUUUAUAAUGUCUCUAAUAAAUACAGUUUGGGGAGAACUGCGAUAUUCUAUUGCAGAGGAAAUGCAACAGGGAUCAUUUAUUGGAAAUAUAUCACUUGAUUUGAGAUUAGAUGUUAAACAGCUUACUGCUAGAAAUGCCCGUGUAGUUUCGGAAGGAAAGGGGCAAUACUGUCAGCUGAAUGUGAAUACGGGGAUUUUGUUUGUGGAUGAAAGAAUUGACAGAGAAGAAUUGUGUGGAAAGAUAUCUGUAUGUACAUUAGAAUUUCGAAUUAUACUGGACAGUCCAAUCAAGUUUUACAGCGUUGCAUUGGAGGUUCAAGAUAUAAAUGAUAAUCCCCCCAGUUUCCAAGAAAAUGAAAUAACAUUUGAAAUAUCAGAAUCAACAUUGCCAGGAGCGAGAUUCCCACUAGAGAGCGCGCAUGAUCCCGAUGUUGGUUCCAAUUCCAUUAAUUCAUAUAAACUAAGCACGAAUGAUCACUUUGUCUUAGAUAUAGGGACAUGGGCUCAUGGAACAAACUAUGGGGAUCUGCUCCUAGAGAAAGCACUGGAUAGAGAGCAGCAGGCUCGGUUCAGUUUAAUAUUGACUGCUAUCGAUGGAGGAACACCUCAGAGAUCGGCUCCUAUUUCCCACCACACUACGCGGAAGUCGGGACCGGUACCCUCCAGCACAGAUACAGCUACGAUGUGUGUUUAACAACAGACUCUGGGAAGAACGAGUUUAAAUAUCUGAAACCCUGCGCAGAAAACAAUUCUGGGAAUAGCCUCAUCAAUCCACAGAAUUUUGACACAAUUUUAUAUGAUGGCGAAGGAAGCAAUAUGAAAACAGAAAACGUCUAUGUUCAG